ACCGACACUCCCCCGUCUCUUCCUCUCCCCCAUUUUUUUCUUUAAAAUUCCAUCACUAAUCCUCGCCACCUCCCCCCUCACCGACGCUGCCGCCGCGCACACGCAUCCCCGGCCCGGCCUCUCUCUCUCUCUCUCUCUCUCUCCCGCUCUUCCUCUGCUCCGUCGCGGGGGAGGCGCAUUUGCCAGGGCGCGGAAUCCCCGGGAGAUUCGGAGGGAGAGAGAGAGAUGGAGAUCUGGUUGUAGGGCGAGGAGCGGUCGGCGGGCGGCGUAGGAGGAAGAGGGCGAGGGUGAGGGUGUGCGUGGUUGAUUAGCGGGGGGGAGGAGGAGGAGGGGCGAUGGAGGCGAGCGCCGGUCUGGUCGCCGGCUCCCACAACCGCAACGAGCUCGUCGUCAUCCGCCGCGACGGCGAUCCCGGGCCGAAGCCGCUCCGGCAGCAGAACGGGCAGGUGUGCCAGAUUUGCGGCGACGACGUGGGGCUCAACCCCGACGGCGAGCCGUUCGUGGCGUGCAACGAGUGCGCCUUCCCGGUGUGCCGCGACUGCUACGAGUACGAGCGCCGCGAGGGCACGCAGAACUGCCCCCAGUGCAAGACCCGCUUCAAGCGCCUCAGGGGUUGCGCUCGUGUGCCCGGGGACGAGGAGGAGGACGGUGUGGAUGACCUGGAGAACGAGUUCAACUGGAGGGACAGGAAUGACUCGCAGUACGUCGCGGAGUCGAUGCUCCACGCCCAUAUGAGCUAUGGCCGUGGUGGGGUCGACGUCAACGGUGUUCCGCAGCCAUUCCAGCCCAACCCCAAUGUUCCCCUCCUUACCGAUGGGCAGAUGGUUGAUGACAUCCCGCCGGAGCAGCAUGCGCUUGUGCCAUCUUUUAUGGGCGGCGGGGGAAAGAGGAUCCACCCGCUUCCUUAUGCGGAUCCCAAUCUACCUGUUCAACCAAGAUCUAUGGACCCAUCCAAGGAUCUUGCUGCAUACGGUUAUGGUAGUGUUGCGUGGAAGGAGAGGAUGGAGAGCUGGAAGCAGAAGCAGGAGAGGCUGCACCAGAUGAGAAAUGAUGGUGGUGGUAAAGACUGGGAUGGCGAUGGUGAUGAUGGAGAUCUACCACUAAUGGAUGAAGCUAGGCAGCCAUUGUCCAGAAAAGUCCCAAUUCCUUCAAGUCAGAUUAACCCCUAUAGAAUGGUUAUCAUAAUUCGGCUGGUGGUUUUGGGGUUUUUCUUCCACUAUCGAGUGAUGCAUCCAGUGCCUGAUGCUUUUGCCUUAUGGCUGAUAUCUGUAAUUUGUGAAAUCUGGUUUGCCAUGUCUUGGAUUCUUGAUCAAUUCCCCAAGUGGUUUCCUAUCGAGAGAGAGACUUACCUUGAUCGAUUGACAUUGAGGUUUGACAAGGAAGGCCAAACAUCUCAACUUGCACCAAUCGAUUUCUUUGUCAGUACUGUUGAUCCCUUGAAGGAACCUCCUUUGGUCACAGCAAACACUGUUCUAUCUAUCCUCGCGGUAGAUUAUCCAGUUGAUAAGGUUUCAUGCUAUGUCUCUGAUGAUGGUGCUGCAAUGCUGACAUUUGAAGCAUUAUCCGAAACAUCUGAAUUUGCAAAGAAAUGGGUUCCUUUCUGCAAAAAGUACAGUAUUGAACCACGUGCUCCAGAGUGGUACUUCCAACAGAAGAUAGACUACCUGAAGGAUAAGGUGGCACCAUACUUUGUUAGGGAGAGGAGAGCAAUGAAGAGAGAGUAUGAGGAAUUCAAGGUGAGAAUCAAUGCAUUGGUUGCUAAAGCUCAGAAAGUUCCCGAGGAAGGUUGGACAAUGCAAGAUGGAACUCCCUGGCCUGGAAACAAUGUUCGCGAUCACCCUGGAAUGAUUCAGGUCUUCCUUGGCCAAAGUGGCGGCCAUGACAUCGAAGGUAAUGAGCUACCUCGAUUGGUGUAUGUUUCAAGAGAAAAAAGGCCAGGCUAUAACCAUCACAAGAAGGCUGGUGCCAUGAACGCAUUGGUCCGAGUAUCUGCUGUACUAACUAAUGCUCCAUACAUGCUCAACUUGGAUUGUGAUCAUUACAUCAACAAUAGCAAGGCUAUAAAGGAAGCAAUGUGUUUUAUGAUGGACCCUUUGGUUGGAAAGAAGGUUUGUUAUGUGCAAUUCCCUCAAAGGUUUGAUGGGAUUGAUCGUCAUGAUCGAUACGCCAACAGGAACGUGGUCUUCUUCGAUAUCAACAUGAAAGGCUUGGAUGGUAUCCAAGGCCCCAUCUAUGUUGGUACUGGAUGUGUCUUUAGAAGGCAGGCAUUGUAUGGUUAUGAUGCCCCCAAAACGAAGAAGCCUCCGUCGAGGACCUGCAACUGCUGGCCUAAAUGGUGCAUUUGCUGUUGCUGCUUUGGUGACAGGAAGAGCAAGAAGAAAACUACGAAACCUAAAACAGAGAAGAAGAAAAGAUCUUUCUUCAAGAGAGCAGAAAAUCAAUCCCCUGCAUAUGCACUUGGUGAAAUUGAGGAGGGUGCUCCAGGAGCUGAAAAUGAAAAGGCUGGUAUUGUAAAUCAACAGAAGCUGGAAAAGAAAUUUGGCCAAUCUUCUGUUUUUGUCGCAUCCACACUUCUUGAGAAUGGUGGAACCUUGAAAAGUGCGAGUCCAGCAUCUCUUCUAAAGGAAGCAAUUCAUGUCAUAAGCUGUGGGUACGAAGAUAAGACAGACUGGGGGAAAGAGAUUGGCUGGAUCUACGGAUCAGUUACAGAAGAUAUUCUAACUGGUUUUAAGAUGCACUGCCAUGGUUGGCGGUCAAUUUACUGCAUACCUAAACUACCUGCAUUCAAAGGUUCUGCACCACUCAAUCUUUCUGAUCGUCUUCACCAAGUUCUUCGGUGGGCUCUUGGGUCUGUUGAAAUAUUCUUCAGCAACCAUUGCCCUCUUUGGUAUGGAUAUGGUGGUGGACUAAAAUGUUUGGAAAGAUUUUCCUACAUUAAUUCCAUCGUGUAUCCUUUUACAUCCAUUCCACUCUUGGCUUACUGUACAUUGCCAGCCAUCUGUUUGCUAACUGGGAAGUUUAUCACUCCAGAGCUUACGAAUGUUGCCAGUCUCUGGUUCAUGUCACUUUUUAUCUGCAUUUUUGCUACUGGCAUCCUGGAAAUGAGAUGGAGUGGUGUUGGCAUUGAUGAUUGGUGGAGAAAUGAACAAUUUUGGGUCAUUGGAGGGGUCUCUUCGCACCUCUUUGCUUUGUUCCAGGGACUUUUGAAGGUCAUAGCUGGUAUAGAUACGAGUUUCACUGUGACAUCAAAAGGUGGGGACGAUGAAGAGUUCUCAGAGCUAUAUACAUUCAAAUGGACUACCUUGCUGAUACCUCCAACCACUCUACUCUUAUUGAACUUCAUUGGGGUUGUUGCUGGUGUUUCGAAUGCAAUCAAUAACGGGUAUGAAUCAUGGGGACCCCUCUUCGGGAAGCUCUUCUUUGCAUUUUGGGUGAUCGUCCAUCUUUACCCAUUCCUCAAAGGUUUGGUUGGAAGGCAAAACAGGACGCCAACAAUUGUUAUUGUCUGGUCCAUUCUUCUGGCUUCAAUCUUCUCACUCCUCUGGGUCCGGAUUGAUCCUUUCUUAGCAAAGAAUGAUGGUCCACUUCUGGAAGAGUGUGGUUUGGAUUGCAACUAGGGAGUUGGGAACUCCCCCAUCGGUGUGUGCUGAAGGAAUACACACUUGGUUCUGUGUAGAUAGAAACACGAAAGGUGAUGUUUUGCUUUUGUCCCAUGGUGGUAGCUCAGCCUCAUAUCUGCAAUAUUUGGGCAAACCGGAGGCUGCGGCAACCUUGUGAACUUCGGCCACCAAGUACAGCCAAACUGCGUUUGAUUGUCCAGCAUUAUUUAUUACUGCUUUGGUGGUAAAUUUAAUUGGGUGAGCUGAACAGAAGGUGUUGGCAUUGCUGUUCAUGUACAAACUUGUGUCUCAAUAAGGCAGGCAGGAAUGGAUCUGCUAUGGAGUAGAAAGGUGAUGCACAGUAUUUAUGUAGUGAAACGUGUGUGGGUGCCCAUUGAAGGGCUUGUUCAUUCCUUGUUUCUCUUUUUUACUUAUCUAGAACCAAAUGGAUCAUUUAGUGUUAGUAAUGUAGUGCAUCCAGUGUUGUAAAGGCGCCCUAUUUUUGGUUGGUAAUUGUAAUCAAUAUAUACUUCUGUUGUCUUGACAUUUUCAAAGAAAGGUUGUAAGGAUGAUCGUGAUCAGAUAUAA